UCUGCGCGCCUUGCAUGGGAGCGGUGAGUGGACAGCUGGGGGAGCAGUGUGUGCAGGCUGAGGGCUGACAGGGCCGUCCUCCAUGUUUUAAUAAGCACUGAUAUAUCACACAGAGUUUUUUAAGCCAUGCAUCCACAGAGUGUGACCGAGGAACAGGGGAAGGCUGAGACUCCACAGGAGGAAAUGGAAAUAUCAACACGGUCCAAAGUUACAGACUCGGGGUCGACAGAAAAAAUGGCCCAAAAAAGAAAGAUGCCAAGUCCGUCUCACUCAUCCAACAGCCACUCGUCUGCUGACACAUCCCCAUGUCCAGUGAAAAAGAAGAAGAAACCAGGUGCUGUGAGCAGCAGCAAGGAUCAGUCAGAACUAAGACAUGGUCCCUUUUACUAUGUGAAGCAGCCAGCACUCACCACAGACCCUGUUGAUGUUGUACUGCAGGACGGCAGGAACGACUUCUACUGCUGGCUGUGCCACCGCGAGGGCCAGGUGCUCUGCUGUGAGCUCUGCCCCAGGGUGUACCACGCCAAGUGCCUCAAACUACCAGCCGAGCCCGAGGGCGACUGGUUCUGUCCGGAAUGUGAGAAAAUAACGGUUGCAGAGUGCAUAGAGACUCAGAGCAAAGCCAUGAUGAUGCUAACUAUAGAGCAGCUGUCUUACCUACUAAAGUUUGCCCUUCAGAAGAUGAAACAACCAGGUGAUCAUCCCCGCUUGUCAUCUCGCUCCCCCCAUGCAGCUUCCACGCAGAGAAAGACUUUUAAUUGGACUGAACCCUUCCAGAAGCCAGUGUCACUUGAACAACAUCCAGAUUAUGCAGAAUAUAUUUUUCACCCAAUGGAUCUUUGCACACUUGAGAAGAAUAUCAAAAAGAAAAUGUAUGGCUGCACAGAGGCGUUCUUGGCAGAUGCUAAAUAUUUGCACAAUUGUAUUAUUUACAAUGGAGCAAAUCACAAACUUACAGCAACAGCGAAAGUGAUCGUGAAAAUCUGUGAACAUGAGAUGAAUGAGAUUGAAGUUUGUCCUGAGUGUUAUCUGUCUGCUUGCCAAAAGAGAGACAACUGGUUCUGUGAGCCAUGUAGUAACCCCCACCCUUUAGUGUGGGCCAAACUGAAGGGAUUUCCAUUCUGGCCUGCUAAAGCUCUGAGGGACAAAGAUGGACAGGUGGAUGCUCGAUUCUUUGGUCAACAUGACAGAGCUUGGGUCCCUUUAAACAAUUGCUACCUCAUGUCCAAAGAGAUUCCAUUCUCUGUUAAGAAGACCAAAAGCAUCUUCAACAAUGCCAUGCAAGAGAUGGAGGUCUAUGUGGAGAACAUGAGAAAGAAGUUUGGCGUGUUCAACUAUGCUCCCUUCAGGACAGCCUACACUCCAGACAACAACUUCCAGAUGCUGCUGGAUCCCUCUAACCCUUUAUCUACCCCCAUAAAAUCUGACAAACAGGAGAAGAUCAAGCUAAACUUUGAUAUGUCAACAUCCCCCAAGAUAAAUUUGGCUAGGAGCAUGUUGUCUGGGACUGGGGUGGUGGGGAGCACAGCAAAGCGGCAGCUCCCUCUCAGUGAUGUACCUCGUUCUCCACUGAGUACCUCCUCGGCUCACACAGGUUCUGAUGGGGAACAAGACACAGGAGACAAGUCCCAGACAAAAGCCUCAAAUAGCACAGGUGAAGAGUCCAUGGACUGUGCAGCUUCAACUACCCAUCCUGGACCUGGUUCCCUGGAUAGCCCAAAGUCAACACAUUGUCAAAUCCCUUGCGUGCCCAAGCAGGAGAAGACGCCGCCAACAGGAAGCAUUCUAAACCUCAAUCUAGAUCGGAGUAAAGCAGAAAUGGACUUAAAGGAGCUUAGUGAAACUGUUCAGCAGAAGCAGGGAACCACUCCGGUCUUUACUUCUCCCAAGAGACGGAUCAAGAGUCGUUUUCAGCUGAACUUGGACAAAACCAUUGAGAGCUGUAAGGCCCAGCUAGGUAUUGAUGAGAUCUCUGUAGAUGUGUACAAAGGUGUGGAACAUAGUGACUCUGAAGACUCUGAAAAAUCUGUCUCCAGUGACAGUGAGUAUGCCAGUGAUGACGAGCAAAAGACCAAGGGGAACCAGGGUGCAGCACCCAGUGAAGAAGCUCAGAAGGAGCUUACCAAGACCAAAGACAAGGACCAGCCUUCCCCCAGUCAAGACGAAGCCAACACACCUAAAACACCUGGAGCACCAGAGUCCUCAGCAGGUGAUGCACCUGCAACGGUGUCAGACUCUCCAACUAAAGAGAGACUGAGCACAGAUUCAGAGGAGGCCUCAGAGAAGACCAAUGCACCACCUGAAUCACCUGCUCCCAGAAAAAAGGCUCAGGUGAAAAACGAGGUAAAGCCGUCUGUGUCGGUUGAUGACUCUGACUCAGAUAGAGAGCUGGUUAUUGACCUCGGUGAGGAGCAAGGAGGCAAGGAGAGGAAGCGAACCAGGAAAGACAAAACUGCUAAAGAUGCUUCUGCUGCUAAACCUGAUGGUAAAGGCCUGAUGUCAUCGACUGUCCCCUCUCAAAACAGCACAGCCUCGAGCACCCCCACCACCGCUUCCACCCAGUCCCCCGUAACCAUUCCCGUUACCAUGGUUUCCUUCACGGCUCCCUCUCCUGCCACCAUAAGCCUUGCAGGUGUGUCUAGCACCACCACCACAUCACCCACUACCUCCACGCCUGCUUUAAAGAAACAGCGCCCUCUGCUGCCCAGAGAGACAGUGCCAGUUGUGCAGCAUGCUGUAGUGUGGAGUCCCACUGCCAAGUUUCAGACCUCCUCUCAGAAGUGGCAUAUGCAGAAGGUGCAGCGCCAGCAACAAAACCAACAACCGGUGGCAACCACACAAAUCCAGGCGUCAUCCCCCCGACACGGCCAGACACAGGCGGCUACAAACGGCGGCUCAACAUCAGCGCUGCAGUCUUCACAAAGCACACGCUAUCAGACAAGACAAGCUGCUAAAGCUGUUCAACAAAAGAUACUCCUCAGCACGGCCACGUCAGUUGUCACCUUGGUAUCCAGUAAUCCAGCCUCUGUUACCGUGACACCAACGUCAAGCUCAGGCACAGCGGCAGCUUCAGCUGCGACAUCAGACCUGUACAUCCCCACUGCCUCAGCAGAUGUUGCCGCGGACAUCGCUAAGUACACAAACAAAAUAAUGGAUGCAAUCAAAGGCACCAUGACUGAACUCUACAAUGACUUUUCUAAAAGUACUUCAGGGAACACAAUAGCAGAGAUAAGACGGCUGAGAAUUGAAAUAGAGAAAUUACAGUGGUUACAUCAACAGGAGCUGUCAGAAAUGAAGCACAAUCUUGAGCUGACAAUGGCAGAGAUGAGGCAAAGUCUCGAGCAAGAGAGGGAGCGGCUGGUAACGGAGGUGAAGAAACAGAUGGAGCUGGAAAAGCAACAAGCAGUAGAUGAGACAAAGAAGAAACAAUGGUGUGCCAGCUGCAGGAAAGAGGCCAUCUUUUACUGCUGCUGGAACACCAGCUACUGCGAUUACCCUUGUCAGCAAGCUCACUGGCCAGAACACAUGAAGUCCUGCACUCAGUCAGCCACAGCGCCACAGCAAGAACCUGAGGCAGAGUCUCCAGCUGUUCCUCCAAACAAAGGUUUAGGGCAGGCUAGCGGUGGACCAAACAAUCUCAGAGACUCAACGGGUGCUGCACCAUCAGACAAAGACUGCAACGUGGAAAAGAGCACGGACAAUGUUGCUGUCACUUUGGCAUAAACAAUCAUGUCCUAAAUGAAAAUGUAAAAACUGAUUUUUUUUUUUUUUUUUAACUACAAGGACAUGCCAAUGUAAUACUGUCUGUUCAUGCUGCUGUCCAGGAAGCAAUCUGGAUGUUUUAUAGUUAUGUGUCUGUGGUUUGCCUUCCAGGCCUCACGUAUUGCCACGAGUGCACAGGGAUCUGCUUGACAUGUUGAAUGGGUUGGAGCAAACUGAUAGUGUCGCAGGAACUGAAAAUAUGGGGCAUGCCUGCACAUUACUCUUACAGAUAUUCAAAGUGGGAAAGAAAACAGUUACGAUUUGUGGUUAAAGUGUAACUCUGGAAUUGUUCAACAAGUAAUGGGACCAAUAUUGAUUCAGAAUGCAAACACCGUCAUGGGCUAAAAA